UAGGUAGAGAGCUGAGCUGGGAGGAGUCAAAAGUACCACAGUUCAGCUGCUCUCCUCCACAGACCACAACACAUCCGAAAAGAGUGAGAAAGAAGUGAUGAAAGAAGACUGGAGAGACCAGCAGCUGCCUCCUUUACGAUCCCAGUAAGGUGAGAAACCUGUGACAGCUUUAGUUCUGGACAUGAAACCUGCAGGAGCAAAGUUUUCCUGCAGUGAGGAACAGCUGAAAUGAGACACAGAGACUGAACCUUUGACCAAACAAACAAGGUGUGAAUAUCUGCCGGCGGUCGACAUGUCCGUGUGGAUGAUUCUUCCUGUCAGCCUGCCAGUCUUCACCAUUACAGGAAUAUGGGUUGUAUAUGCAAUGGCCCUGUACAACCAGCAUGUUUGCCCUGUGCACAACUGGUUGUAUAACGAGUCAUGUGAAGAACAGCUCCCAUCACAAAUAGGACCUGAACUGUGCUGCACCUUGGACAACAUACCACUAAUCAGUAAAUGUGGAACUCUGCCACCUGAAAGCUGCUUCUUCAGCCUCAUAUGCAGCACAGGAGCCUUUAUGGUGAUGCUAAUCACCCUGCUGCGUUACGCUCACGUGAUUGAGAAGCACCAGAACUGCGUUCUGAACAUGGCUAGCCUUUCCACUGGUUGGAUCUGUGCUGCUGGUCUCACUAUGGUGGGAAACUUCCAGGUGGAUUUUGCCAAAGUCCUCCAUUAUGUAGGAGCUGGAGUUGCCUUCCCGUCCAGCAUGCUGUUUGUGUGCCUCCAAGCAGCUCUUACCUACAGACUGGCCAAAACCCAGGAGGAGUACCGGGUCGGUCACAUACGAGUGGGGAUGGCUCUGCUGGCACUGAUCUUCCUGGUUCUCACAGGUGGAGUUUUCUUCUGCCAGGAGAGCUUUGCCCUGCAGCACACCUCUGCCAUCUUUGAGUGGGUCUACUGCAUGAUCAUCAUGCUCUUUUAUGGGACAUUUGCCCUUGAGUUUGGGGGCGUGUCAGCUGACACUCUGAUUGUUCUCUCGAGAAGAGGGGGACUUCCAAGCUUCUCCCUCUCUGGGCACAGGCCGGAGAUCAGUGGAGGGUCCGGUCACCACCACGCAGAGAACCUGUCAACUCUGUAAUUGAGUAGCACUGGAGGUCACUGUGUAAAACAUCGAAGACCCUAAUUACCGUGUUGCACAUUCAGUAGCCUCAGUGCAGAAGAGACAAAAGAUUCACAAACAUGUAGCUUGCUACGCUGCAUAACAUUGCACAAUAUAGCCUUCCUGAAGACAGAGGCCAGUUACAAGCUACUCGUGGACAUGUCCUCGCUGUUUGUUUGUUAUUUUGUCCUUAUGUAACCAUCACCCUUUGAAUCCUCAGCUGGAGUCGCCUUUCAUCUGAACAAACCUCUUCAAAAUGUGCCUUAGAAGUUUUUCAGAGUUUAGAUGUUCAGACACAGAGCCUCGGUAUUGUUUUCACUCAGGAAGUUCUGUUACAUCACCACCUUUCACCUUCUCUGGCUGCGGUAAGGUGAGAUUUUCCGAAAGCUUCAGACAAUAGGUGGACGUAACUGGGUGCCAAGAAUAAUUUUCUUUCUUCUGAAGUGGAUUUUCCACCCAAAUCUUAUGACAUCGGUGUUUGUCUUGAUUAUGAACAUCUCAUCUAAUUGGUGUUUCAGAUUACAAUAUGCAAGCUAAUGCAACAUACUGCUGAGAUAGCUGCCUCAUUUGCAUAUAAGCUCAGCUCUGAAGCAAAUGUCCUGCAUUUAUUCAGAUAAAAUAAUAGUUUUCUGAGAGAUUAAAUUCUGUAAAGAGCAUACAGAUAAGAAAAUAAAGCAAAAUGAAAAAAGGGCGCUUGUUUUUUCAAUAUUAUUGAAAUGUGUUAAAGAAAGAGUGGUCAGAUUGAUGAGACAAUUGGAACAGUGAGCUCCAUCUCUUUUUUUCAUUUGCAAGUUUAAUGUCUUUCACUGUUCACUGCAAAAUGCGGAGAAUCUUAAUUUUACUAAAUUGAAUGUUUGGCUAACCUUCAAAAUGCUUUGUGUAGAGGAAAACUACCAACCUGAACAGACCUUGGAUGUCAUGAACCACGGUUGUGGCAGUAUCAUGCUGUGGGGAUACUUUUCUUCAGAAUGGACAGUGAAUCUGAUCAGAGUUUAUGGGAAGAUGAACAAAACAAAAUACAGCGCAGUACUGGAAGAAAACCUGUGGGCGGCUGCAAAAGACUUGAGACUGGGGUGGAGGUUUACUAACAACAAAGUGUUAAACCACGGGGUUGAAUAAAUUUGAUAUUUGCAGAAA